AUGCUCAGUGAGGUUGAUGACAUAUUCAAUGAGUUAAUCAGGAAAAUUGGUGCCAGCAGCGGCCCCAUCGCUGGCUUCUGUGGAAGUAUAUAUAAUACGGGGGAUGAUGGAUUAUGCAAGAACAGGUGUCAAGAGAUUACGAAAAUCCUGCUGUACAUGAAAGGGUAUGAUUUAACACAGACUCAAGCAUUGCAGACACGGACAGUACACCAGGCAGAUUGGACGGCCUUUCAGGAAUAUUUAAGAUGUGUGCUAGCAGGAGAGGCCUUAGUACGAGUCUAUGGGAGCACUCGUGAUCAUGUGGACGUAAUGAAUAAGGUUAAAGACGAAUUAACACCAGGUAAAACAUUUAUGCAGCACACACUUGAAAGUGGAAUAUGUGAGAACAGAGAUUGGGGAAAGGUGAUAUUCCAGUCACAUCGUAUGGGAACGGCUCUACAGAAUCGAUUAGAGCCUUUGCGUAAACGCUUGACGCCAGCAAGAGGAAGCGCUGGGCAAGCACCAAGAAAAUGUGGAUGGGACAAUGCAGAAGGCACUGAUGAAGACGGGGAUCCCACGAGUGAUGCAAAAUGCAAUCAGAACGACGUGGUGAUACCACCGGACGAUCCGCUCAUGACGCACAUAAAGGACUGGGUGGACACAGCUGGCACCUUUCCGCAAUUGAAGAAGGUGUUAGACGACAUGCACAAAGAAGGGGCGUCCAAGAAGAAAUGUGAAAUUGAGCAGAAGAUAAGGAAGGGGGUCGAGGCAGUGAAGGACAGAGUGAAUCCACGUAAGCCUGCCACUGCUGCAAAGCCAGCCGCCGCCAAACCUGCCCCUGUUGACCACGGCAGCCCUGCCAAACCAGUAGCGGCGACACCGGGACCCUCGGUGACACCGGGGGCGACGUCAUCAGCUGCUGCUGGUGGUCAGGCUGGUAAGGGUGCUGCCGCAGGCGAGAACGGGACCAAGGCCAAUGUAGUGGAGUGUGAUGCAGACAGAGCACGGCAGCACAAGGCGCGUACAGUGUACGUGGUGCCCCUACCUAAUAAGGACGAAUGGAACAAGUGGAAGCAAGUGUUGGAAGAUUUUAAGGAAUAUAUGGAUAAAAAGAAAGAGCACGCGAAUGACUAUGGUGCAAACUGUGAUAAUGCAGGUUGGGAUGAUAUAAGAGCACCGACAGAGUAUUACAUGGGCCAAAAAGUAGCAGACGUAGUCAGGUGCAGAGUUAUGAGCGUUGCAUGGGGCUUUGCAAAUGGGUGGGGCCCGGAUAAUACCAUUGGUAGAAGCGGAAACACGGAGGAGCAGGAGAGGCAGAAUAUGCGAAAGUGUGAAGUCGCAAAUAUAUUUGGACACUUACUGCAGACAAAAUAUUGUCCGACACAGCAAAACUGGACACGAGGUGUAGAGUAUUCCCGGAUAGCAUUCCAGAACAUGCACAGCACAGGCACAACGGAAGCAAGCGUCAUGAAUGGUCCUGUUACAGCAGGCAAGUGCACAGCAUGUGGAUACCAAGGGUAUGAAAGGUGGUCAAGAGCAAUAAAUUGGAACGUAGUAGAGUGGUUACUGCAGGAAGGGAAAAUAUUGGAGGGACUGGACAAAAUAGAAGAUGGGGCUGACUGUAAUAUGAAGUGGAAGGAGUAUAAAAAAUACAAGCUGAAGCACGAUGGUACUGGAAGCGUGGACGAAGACAAAAUCACUGAUAUAAAGAACGCGGCAAAGAAGAUAGUGGAGGAGGCGAUGAAAACUAUUGAAAAGGUUACAAAGGUAGUGGAACAGAAAAUUCAAGACAUAGCAGACACAAAACCGGCAGCACCAUCACGGGCAUCACCAGGGCCAAUAGAAGGCGGAUCAGAGAAAGCAGGUAAGGAUAAGUCCAAACCAACAUGCCCUGCAGCAGGCGGAUCCCACACGAGACAUGUAGGGGGAGGUACCUUAACUGUGUCUGUCUCGUUCGUCCCUUCUUCGGACCCCAAGGAUUGCUCAGGUAGUAAUAGUCCAAAGAUUCCGGAGUGUACUACCCCAGUCGAGAGUGAGAACAACGCGGAUGAUGCAACCAUACCGGGUCCACCGCAACAACCCCAAGACGCAUCACAAACACCGCCAAGCGCGUCGCAACCAGCAUCAGCGGGGACAAUAGACCCAUCCACUACAUCAGCACCAGGAAAACCAUCAUCUGACACGACCACAUCAUCAACAGGAACAGGACCAGACGGGACUAAGACUGAUAAGAACGAUGGCGAUCCCGCCGGCACUGCCGUCGUUGACGGAGGCCAAGAAGACCCCCCUCCUCUCAAUCCACCCAAACCAAAACCGGACCCGAACCCCGAUCAGGCAGGGUCGAGCGGCAGCGGCGACCCCAGUGAAGCGGGCUCAUCUGGACCAGCUUCUACUGGUCAUGGCGCUGGUAAUACAGGAGGUGCAGAUGAUAAGACACAUAAAACUGCUGAUGAUCCCUUUGGCCUUGACCCAAAUAAUCCUGGCACUGCUGUACUUGGUACAGUUGGCGGUGCCUUUGUCGAAGGUAUACCCCCACUGGUUUACCACGAUACAAAGGGUAAGGGGCCCGAUAAGAACCCCGACAAUACUGUCCCCCCCAUCUUCACUGCAAAGGAUAUUUUCCUGUCUACCCCCGUUCUUAUCUUCUUUGCAUUUGUCACUUCCCUUAUUCUGCUCUUUUUCCUUGGCAAAUACUUUGCGUACCUCGGAAAACAACGACGACGAAAGUUUCGAACAGUGCGUGACGUGCCGUCACCGCCACUCGACGACGAAAUUCUAGAGCAUUUACAACGCGGCGCGCCACCACCCGAUUACGGGUACACGAUGAUUAGGGAUAGGCGGCCCGGCAGAUUGCCCGCCGCCCGACGACGACGCCCACCACGAGUGCAUAAGCGCACGAUCAUCGAGCUACAUCUAGAAGUGCACAACGAAUGCGCAGCACCCGAAUGGGAAAACGUCAAGGAGCACUAUUUGGAAAUACUCGUUGAAGAGUUUAUGGGGGGCCACAAUGGGCACAGUAGUUCCCCGGAUGCUCCUACCACAAACCAGGCUUCAUCAGGGCACAAUCCGUGGUUUCUGCAAUUGAAAGCGGAUUGGACACAAUACCUGCGUGAGCACAUUGCGGCAAACGAAGACCACGACGUAUCCGGCAAUAGUGAACUCGGUGAGCGUGGCAAUAUCCCAUCCGCAGAGCUGAAGAAACAUGCCUGGAAACAGUGGGUCGAACAGCAACAUCGGCACAUGAGUACAUACACGGAAGAGGAGUGGUUCCAACAUUUGUUGAAUAAUGUAGAGGAGGAAACAGUACCACAACACGGCCACGCACCUGCAGUGGAAAAGGACUUAGAAGUGGAGAAAGUCACGGCAGCACAACAGAGGCUACGCCUGAGAGAUUUACCGCGCUCGCAACUGCAUCCGCAAUCUUACAUGAAAAAACCGUUAAACGCUAAAAUAUGGAUACUGAUCCUGGCAUUAGUCAUAGAACAGUGCGAGCUUGAAAGCCGUCUGAAGGAGAAGGAGUUAUAUGUGGAUGACCUAUUGCAGACGCUCUGA